AUGUAUUCGCAAGCUAUUCUCAUUUCCCUGCUCACAGCAGUCGUCCAAGCCAGAUUUGGACAAGAGCAAGUCCCAAUCUCUGCCAUCUCCGCUGUUAACGGCGGUAACCCAGGUGAAGCACCUACAAUUGCAGGUGCCGCCAUUUCUGAUCUUCUCGGUGCUGCAAACCCAUGCAACAAGCUCAAGCGUGGUGACCAAAUCCUCGCACAGCUUGGUACUGGAGCCGAUGCCGUCGCCGCCGCAAAGGGGAUGGUUGCCGCAGAACAAAACGUCAACCCAUUUACUUUCAGCAAUGCUGCUCUUUGUACCGAUCCUUCCCUCCCAGCCAACCCAAUCCUCAGGGGUAUCAUUCCCAAAAUCGACCCCGCUUUCGCAAAUGCUGCUGCCAUCAAUGCAUUGUCGGCACAGACUCUUAACAACCCCCUGAAUGCUAACGGAAAGAGCAUUGCUGAUCUCUUCACGGAGAGCGGUUUUACUGACUUCAGGGGAGUUGCCAGCGAUGGCACCGGCCCAGUUGUUAACAACGGAGGAAACAACGGCGGUAACAAUGGCGGUAACAAUGGUGGCAACAAUGGUGGCAACAACGGCGGAAACAACGGCGGUAACAACGGUGGCAAUAAUGGUGGUAACAACGGUGGCAAUAAUGGUGGUAACAACGGUGGCAAUAAUGGUGGUAACAACGGUGGAAACAAUGGAGGAAAUGCCGGUGGAAACGGUGGUGCCGUUGACUUUGGACUUUGCGAUCCAUCCAUGGACUUCGUCGCUGGACGCCCAGGACGAAGGGCUGACGAAUCUACCUUCCUCCCAAUUGAUCCACUUACCAAGCAAGGCCAACAAGAGGCUCUUAACCCCAACAUCAUCACCAACCGAAUCUGCGAUCAGCUCACCAAUGUUUGCCAGUCCAACCAAGCCGCUAAGGAUCGUUGCAGGUCUUGCCAGGCUCAAAUCCAGGCUUUGGGAACACGUGAUCAAUCUACUGCUAACGCCUGGAACGCUUGUGUAAACAAUGGUGCCCAAGUUGGUGGUGCUAAUGGCGGUGCUAAUGGCGGUGCCAACGGCGGUGCCAAUGGUGGUGCUAACGGUGGUGCUAACGGUGGUGCUAACGGUGGUGCCAACGGUGGUGCCAACGGUGGUGCCAACGGUGGAGCAACCAAGACUCCAACCAAAAACGGAAACACCGGCUCCAACGUCCAGAGCUUCAACGGUUCCCUCGGUGCCCCACCAGUUGCCGUUGAAAACGUCGGUGGAAACCGCCCAUUCAUUGUCAACGGUGACUCCUUUGUCAACUUCGGCGCUGCUUGCUCACGAUCCUGUGACGUUCAGAAGAACCGAUGCGCCAAUGCUGCCAAUAGCACCGGUAACAGGAACAUCAAGGUCUCCGAUUGUGAAACUCAACAGCAAGCCUGUUCUCAGAACUGCAGAACCAAUGCUGUCGCACGAAAGAAUAAGAGAUUCGUCAAGGUUUACAAGAGCCGAGUAUAG